CUUGAACUGAGUGACCUUUCAGGCAGAAUGUAGAUUGAAUGCUCAUACUACUGCUGCCUGUUGCUGAGUGGAAGACAGCAGAAAAUUUGGAUUCAAACAUUUAUUGGUUUUUGUUUUGCUUUGUUUUAUUUCCUUUUGCCUUAAGAAGAUGAACAGUGAAACCACAACCCUGAUAUCCUUGAAGGAGGCAAUGAAAAGAGUAGACCACAAACUCCAAGCGUUAGAAGCACAGUUCAGAGAACUAGACUUCACCAAGGAUAACCUGAUGCAGAAAUUUGAACAUCAUAGGAAGACUCUGGCAAGCCAAGCAGCUCAAGAUGAGAUGUGGACAGCAGUUCUGGCACUCAAGUGUAUCAGAGACAUCACGUUUCUCAUUACCAACAUGGUAAAGAACCAGGCUCUGCAGGACAGUUUGCUGAGGGCUGUGCAGGUAAUUGAGAAGGGGAAAGCAGUUAAGACCCCUGAAGAGCAAAAGUCAUCCCUCAAAGAGUUGAUACCAUCCGUCAAAAACUAACCUAUCAUCCUAUGACCCAGUAAUUCCACCUCUAGUAAUUUAUCUUGCAAAUGGCAAAAAUAUACACAAUUUAUUAUAUUCUUAUUUUUAUAGCAAAGAGAGGAUGUUAAAUAAAUUAUGACAAAUUGACACAAUAGAUACUUUCUUUGUAGCCAUAUAAAAGAAUGAAGAAGCUCUUUGUGUAAUGAUAUGAAGUUAUCACCAAAUGCGGUGUUCUUUUCAAAUAUUUAUUUCCAAUAUAUAUUGCUAAGUGGUGCAAAACCAAAUGUGUGUGUGUGUGUGUGUGUGUGUAUAAUGCAUAUGAGUUUAUAUAUCCAUAAACUUCUUCUGCAGAGAUAGACAAGAAAGUGAUAAUAUUAGUUGUCAGGAAAGAAAACUAAGAGGCUAGGGGGUCAAAGAUAAGAGGAAGUCUUUUCACUGUUAAUCCAUUUUGCACAUUUUCAAUUUUGAACCAUGUGAAUAUAUUACAUAUUUAAAAAAUAAACAAGGCUGGGCAUGGUGGCUCAAGCCUGUAAUCCAAGCACCUUGGGAGGCCAAGGUAGGAGGAUCACUUGAGCUCAGGAGUUUGAGACCAGCCUGGGCAACAUAGUGAUAGCAAUAGGAGGCAGGUAAAUUCCUAGGUAAACAGGGAUGGGUCCCUUGUGAAACUCAACCUUCAAGCCAAGGACAGUCUAAAGCCUAAAAACCAAGCUAUGAGUUCCAGAUAAAUCCAUGAACCCAACUGAGAGCUCCCAUUCUUGUUUGGCACUCUCUCCUGAUUGGUCCUUAUCCUUCACCUAUUUUACACAUAACUACCCUUCCCCGAUUGGUCCUCUACACUAUCGUGCUUAUUACUGAAUGGUGCUUUUUCAAGCAUACCCACAGACCAACCAGCAUGCACUUCCCCAUUUCUAGCCCAUAAAAACCUAUAGACUCAGGCUCGUGGCCAGCAACCCACCUUCAGAUCCUCUCUCACUGUCAAGAGCCUUCCUGUCACUCAAUAAAAUCCACUCUGCCUUACUCACU